UGACAUUGACUAUGCACAAGUCAGCGUACGUUGUUGCUCUGCUCGUUGCUGUUUUGGUGCGAUGGCUGGUUUCCCUUCACAAAUAUUCAGGGGCUGGAAGACCACCUAUGUUUGGUGAUUAUGAAGCUCAGAGGCACUGGAUGGAAAUCACUUAUCACUUGCCCCCUCAACAGUGGUAUUUCAAUGGCAUUAACAACAAUUUAUCGUACUGGGGAUUGGAUUAUCCCCCUUUGACUGCCUAUCAUAGCUGGCUUUGUGGUGCAAUUGCCCACAAAAUAAAUCCAUCCUGGGUGGCUUUAAAGGAAUCCCAUGGACACGAAAGCUAUGCCCACAAACUGUUCAUGAGAUACACUGUGCUGGUUGCUGAUGUUGCCAUAUUUUUUCCUGCUGUUAUUUUGUUCUUUGUUCAGCAGAAACUUCAUAUACAGGAAAGGAUCAAAUUAUCACUGGUUGUUCUGUUGUAUCCUGGUUUCUUGCUCAUUGACCAUGGCCAUUUUCAAUACAACUGUGUAAGUUUGGGAUUAGCCUUAUUUGGAGUAGUUUGGAUUUCCCAUGGUUUCCACCUCUGGGGCUCGGUAUGUUUUUGUCUUGCUCUGAACUACAAACAAAUGGAGCUUUAUCAUGCACUACCCUUCUUUUGCUAUCUGCUUGGAUGGUGCCUUCAGAAAUGGACAAGAAUACCACAUCUUUUUAAGAUAGCUACUGUUGUGUUGACAACUUUUACAGCAUGCUGGUUGCCCUUUCUAGGAUCUAAAGAAAAUCUUUUCCAGGUUCUUCACAGAGUUUUUCCUUUGGCAAGAGGAUUGUAUGAGGAUAAAGUUGCCAAUGUUUGGUGCAGUUUAGCAGUCCUUAUCAAACUUAAACAGAUGUUUACUGUGGAUCAGCUGGUUCUAAUAUGUCUUUUGACAACAGUACUGUUCUUGUUGCCAUCAUCACUACAUCUACUGUGUGUUCCCAAUGACAGGAACUUCAGAAUAGCUCUGGUCAAUUCUUCUCUGGUGUUCUUUUUAUUUUCAUUUCAUGUCCAUGAGAAAUCCAUUCUUCUCCCAGCUCUAGCAAUAUCCCUACUCGUUCAUGAAAAUCCAUUUUGGUGUGUAUGGUUUUACUUCAUUUCAACAUUCAGCAUGCUUCCACUGUUUAUAAAGGAUGACCUCAUUGUGGCAGCUUUUGCUACCACAGCUGUACACGCUCUGGUCUGUGGAACAUGCCUCAGCUUAAGUUUUGGAAAUAGUGAUCAACCCUGGGAGAGAAUUAAGACUGUGAUGAUGAAGUUGUCCAUGGUUGGAGCCCUGUGCCUGACAGUUGCUAACCUGUGUCUGACUCCUCCCCCUAGAUACCCUGAUCUUUUUCCAGUCCUGGUUUCUAUAUAUUCCUGUGCUCAUUUUGUGCUGUUUUUAAUUGUAUUUCAUUGUCUACAAUUUCAAUUUCAAUCAAAAAAGAAUGAAAUAAAGAAAGUGCAAUAAUUACA